ACCUGUGUCGCAAUUGCUCGCCAAAUCAACACUCAAGCGGCACAAAAUCUAAAACUGAAACAUAAGACGUCUCAGAGACUUUAAGCUCUUCUCUACAACCUUGCUUUAAGACGUAAGUAAAUUGACCAAUCACGAUCGAUUAUUCUUCUAAUAAACGACUGUGAUUAAUCAAUUUGUUUAUUCUUCACUUCUUAAAGCAAGGUUGUAGGCAAAGGCUAAGACGUUUCAAAGACAUCUUAAAGACGUCUCACGUUCCGGUUUUAAGUUUCAUGCUGUCUGAGUACUCUCGGCGUAGUAAGUACACGAGAACGCUGUUGAAAAUCAAACGCGACUGAUUCUCCGACUCUCUUUUCCACCGUAGACACUUGCGUAGAGCGCGGGUUCGCGCCGUAGACUCGCGGCUCCUCGAAAAUCGGGGCACAUUCCUCAGGGCGAGCAGAAGAUGCUCCCUCGGCUCCUCGUCUCUUUCUCCUUUUUCACGCGAUUACGAUAUUGGUCUCCUCGAAACAGGUUCCUGCGGCUAAACGGGCGAUUGCUUAACCGCCGUCGAUGAUGAGCCGCUUUCUUACAAAUCGGACGAUGUUGCAAGCGGCGAAUGCGGUCGAGACGCUACGCGGUAGCGCACCGUCUGAUCUCGUUGAGGACACGAGUGGCUUGCGUGUGAAAGGCGAAGAAGGAACUCUUUAGACGAGAAUCGUAUAACGAGCCGAGCGGAGCAAAGCCGGGAGGAAGGGCACAGCCGUGCGUGCCGGUGUAGCGACGGGGGCACCUGUGGAGGAGGGGAUGUCUCGCGUCCCACGAGAGAGUCCUUCGUUCCUCCACACGGCUACUGUUCAAGGCAUAGGCUCAGUCAUCGCGCGAAAGUUCCCCGGAGUUCUUCGGAUCGUUGCGUUCUCUGGCUGAAUUGUCGUGAGCCCUGGGCCGAGGCUCAUCAUACUAGGUAUCUCAAGAAUCAAGUUUUAACGGACAUACGUUUGCUAAGGCACAUUUUUACUUAUUUUUCAACACAAAAUCUGUCCUAAAGAUGACGGGAGAAUGGAGGACCAUUUUUGUGACCGGAGGCGCCGGUUACAUCGGCAGUCAUUGUAUCGUCGAGCUUUUGGAGUGCGGAUACGACGUAAUAGCUAUAGACAACUUCGCAAACAGCGUGACAGAAACCGACGGCGAGUCUGCGGCGCUCAAGAGGGUCGAGCAAAUAACAGAAAAGAAAGUAACGUUCUACAAUUGCGAUCUGCUCGACAGAGAGAAGCUCGAAUCCAUCUUUACCAAGCACAAAAUAGAUUGCGUGAUACAUUUCGCGGCUAUCAAAGCAGUCGGCGAAUCGAUGCAAGUUCCGCUUCAUUAUUACCGGAACAACAUAAUUGGCGCUAUUAACCUACUAGAGGUGAUGAAAGCAGCUGGCUGUUUUCAAUUAGUAUUCAGUAGCUCUUGCACGGUGUACGGCGAGCCUACAGAAUUGCCAAUUACGGAAAACCACGAGACCGGCAACAUCACCAAUGUAUAUGGCCGUACAAAGUACUUCAUUGAGGAAAUGCUGAAGGAUAUAUCCAGAGCUGAAAAGAGUUGGAACAUCAUAUCGCUAAGAUAUUUCAACCCGGUGGGUGCUCACAGUAGCGGAUUAAUCGGGGAGGAUCCGACGAAGCCAUUCACAAAUCUGAUGCCGUAUAUCGCUCAAGUCGCUUUAAGGCACAAACCGGAACUGGUUAUAUUCGGUGGGGAUUAUCCUACGAAAGAUGGCACAGGCAUCCGUGAUUACAUUCACGUUAUGGAUUUGGCGGCUGGUCACGUGGCAGCAUUGAACGCUUUGCACAAGGAGCAUCUCAGGCUAAAAAUUUACAACCUAGGUACCGGCAAGGGUGUGUCGGUAUUGGAAUUAAUAAAGACGUUUGAAAAGAUCACCGGCACUACCGUGCCGUACGUGAUAAAAGAAAGGAGAGAGGGUGACAUAGUGUCUAUGUACGCCAAUACAGAUCUGGCGAAGGAAGAAUUGGGCUGGACAUCGAAGUACAACGUCGAGCAAAUGUGUCGAGACUUUUGGAGGUGGCAAACGAUGAAUCCACACGGUUAUCGAACUUCGAUAAAGAACGGUAUUAACGAACACUUAAAUAACAUAUCGUAACGGCGGAUUGUAUCGUC